GCUGUGCUUAUCGGCAGGCACACACGCGGAGCCAGCUAGUGAUGGGCAUUCCGAGUCUUUUCGGUGAGCCGGCUGGCCCAUUUUGCUCAGUUCACGUAAAAAAGCCGGCUAAUUUGGCUCGCAAAUGGCUCUUUGUUCAAAAUGCUUAAAACUAGAACUAGAACCAUGAAAAACCGCAAAUCUCCAAUUUAAAGGCCAAAAGGUAAGCUACCAUUAUCUCAGAUCGUGAAAUGCGCGUUCAAAUAUAUUUUUACCUGGCCAAAUGAUUCGUUUUUUCGUGGACCAGAUUGAUGCGCUCUCCCCACUAUUUAUUGUUUCUGUAGUGAGGAUUCACAUUCUUUAGGUAAUUAUUUUGUAACGUAACCGUAGAAAAACGUUAUUUUGAGCUCAAAAAGCAGUAGCAGCAGUAUGCAAAUCAGGGAGCCAAAUUAAUGAAUAUUUCACUGAUGCGAUUCGGUUCCCAAUGUUAACCAAAAAGAUCCUUUCAAAAGAGCCGUUCGUUCGCGACGCAUAGUAGAGCAAACGUUGACGAAGAAGGAACGGUGCUUCAGUUUACUGGUUAAAUCGGAGGACUCUGUUUUUCAUUAUUAUAUGCCUUCUGCGUGUACCAUCUUCAUCUCCAUUUUCUUCUAUCCUGCCCUUGCAUGACCUGUGCUGUCUAGGCUAGAAGACGUCGGCUCCCUGUUCUAUUGUGUGUCCCUUGUCACAAUGUCCAAUGAACCUUCGUCUAGAUAUGCUGCUGCAAUAUCAGCCCUUUCCCUCAGUUUACCUGCUGUUAACCCCAACCCAACCAUUACCCUCAGUUCAUCCACUGCCCCCAACCCACCGCUUACCGCUAAACCCUCUCUUAUCCCCAAGUCACCUCUUACCUCCAAAUCCCUUACCCCUAAACCACUAGUUGCCCCUACCCUCAAACCACCCCUUACCAUCAAACUACCCCCUGCUGCCAGCCCAGCCCCUUUAAAUUCAUAUCCCCCUUCACUUGAGAUUUUGGGAUCAGAUGACGAGGAACAGGAGAAUCCAUCUGAUUACUGCAUAGGUGGGUACUACCCGGUGGAAAUUGGAGAGAUAUUCAUUGACCGUUACCAGGUGGUGAAGAAGCUGGGAUGGGGCCACUUCUCUACUGUGUGGCUAGGCUGGGACAUGGAGAAGAGGCGUUUCGUGGCUCUGAAGUUGGUAAAGAGUGCUCCAACCUUCACAGAGACCGCUUUGGAUGAGAUCAAGCUUCUGAAAUGUGUAAGGGACAGUGAUCCAUCUGACCCUAAACGUGACACUGUUGUGCAGCUUAUUGAUGAUUUCAAAGUCUCUGGAGUCAAUGGGGAGCAUGUAUGCAUGGUUCUUGAAGUGCUGGGUCACCAGCUGCUGAAGUGGAUCAUCAAAUCCAACUACACUGGCCUUCCCCUGCCCUGCGUUAAGAGCAUCCUUAGACAGGUUCUUCAGGGCUUAGAUUACUUGCACACUAAAUGCAAGAUUAUCCACACAGACAUCAAGCCAGAGAACAUCCUUUUGAGAGUGGAUGAGGUUUACGUCCAGGAGCUGGCAGCCGACACCAAGCUAUGGGAGCUGCCAGUGUCUUCUGCUCCCACAAGCUGUUCAGCAAACACCAGUCUAAGAGAAAAGCAGAUUGUGUCAAACUUGAUCGGGAAAUUGACGGUGGCUUUCCAGGCUCUUGGGGUUUGGACUGGGAAGGUCUCCAGGAUCCCGAUGGCCAAGUUGUCGAGGAAGGAGAAGAAACAACAACAGCCGCAGAAGGGCGAGGACACUUUAGUUGGCCGUCAGAAGAGGGAGAGACCUCAUGUGUCAUUCUCUAAUAUCACCACUCCCUGUAGCACCCCUAAUUCCACCUCGUCCCCAAAGCCUUCAGGUCCUGUGCAUACUACUUGGAGACGGACCCUGCUGCAUGAAGAAGCAAUGGGCUCUGACAGCAAGGAGUCGGUCUCGUCACCGAUGGAAGAUGCACCAUUAUUGACUACAAUGUCUCACUGUUCUAGACAAUCUAUAGUGUUACAUCAUUCUACCCAGAGAGACAACCAGCCCUCAUCACCAUCACAUGGGUUAAGUGAAACAGAUCUGUUGGUGAAUCUUCUGAAGCCACAGAAUGCUGAUAAAAUCAGCAUCAAGAUUGCAGAUCUGGGAAACGCCUGCUGGGUGUACAAACAUUUCACAGAAGACAUCCAGACCUGCCAGUACCGCUCUGUUGAGGUCCUGAUUGGGUCUGACUAUGGCACUCCUGCAGACAUCUGGAGCAUAGCCUGCAUGGCGUUUGAGCUGGCUACCGGGGAGUAUCUGUUUGAACCCCAUUCAGGGGACAACUUCUCACGAGAGGAAGAUCACAUUGCUCACAUAAUUGAGUUGCUGGGACCCCUUCCAUCCCAGUUUGCCCUCUCAGGGAGAAACUCCAAGCGAUAUUUCAAUCACAAUGGGCAUCUGCGGCGCAUCUCAAGGCUGAAACCGUGGAGUUUGUGUGAGGUCCUGCUGGACAAGUUUGAGUGGCCGCGGGAACAGGCAGUCCAGUUCAGUGCUUUCCUCCUCACCAUGCUGGAGCCCCUCCCAGAGAAGCGAGCCACCGCUGCCCAGUGUCUAAAACACCCCUGGAUCUCCUCAUAGACAUCAUACCACUGCCCAGUGUCUAAACCUCCCUGCAUCUCCUCAUAGACAUCAUACCACUGCCCAGUGUCUAAACCUCCCUGCAUCUCCUCAUAGACAUCAUACCACUGCCCAGUGUCUAAACCUCCCUGCAUCUCCUCAUAGACAUCAUACCACUGCCCAGUGUCUAAACCUCCCUGCAUCUCCUCAUAGACAUCAUACCACUGCCCAGUGUCUAAACCUCCCUGCAUCUCCUCAUAGACAUCAUACCACUGCCUGGUGUCUAAAACCCCCUGGAUCUCCUCAUGGACAUCAUACCACUGCCUGGUGUCUAAAAACCCCCUGGAUCUCCUCAUGGACACAGAGUCACCACCGCUGCCCGGUGUCUGAACCCGAUCUGGAUCUCCUCAUGGAUACAGAGCAGUCUUACCGAUGCCACAGAGGUUACACAGGUGACACAGUGUCAAACAGGCUGGGACAAGUGCCUUAAUAUGAUGUUUGAAUAGUGGGUAAUGGCUGAUAUUCAGCAAGUGUUAUUUUUUCAGCUGAUCUUCUGCAAGUGUUAUUUUUCUGUUUGCUCAGGGAGAGCAGUCAACUAUCAGUAUAUGUUGUCUGAUGAUUUAAAACCUUUGAUGUGGAGAAAAUAACUUUUGUUUGGAGAGAUUUGCCAGAUGGCCAGUCCGCCCCUGCUGGGAAAGCUCUAUUUUUGUUUUUGAGUUUCAUUGAAUAAAUGUUAUUUGAUUGUACAAGG